UGUCAGCAGAUAUUCAAUUAUUUUCUUUAAAAGGAUAUUCAAACACAUACAUACAUUUACACGCAUACAUAAACAAACAUGUUGCGUGCAAUCAGAUCUAAACGAUGAUUACAUUAUUGGAAAUAACUUUAAUACUUUGAAGAGUUUAAAAACUUUAGUCUUGUUCGAUCUUCAUUCCUCGUCGUAUAAUAAAUUUCAUUAUACUAAUCUCUUCUCAAAACAAAAUGAAAUUUAUUAUUAGAUUAACGAUAUUUUUAAUUAUUGUUUUAUUACCAAAAAUUGCUAAAUCGUACGAACUUCUUUCUACCGGUGACGAAUACGUUCCUUUAAUCAUAACAGUUUGCAAAUAUUACAGAACAAAUUCUAUUAUUUUUUUAUAUGCCCAAGCAGUCAAAGGUAGGAAAUAGAAAAAAAGAUAUUUUUCAUUUUAGUUUUCAUUCGUACUGGUAAUUAUGACAAAGCAUUAUACAAAUUUAUUUUAUAAUAUAAUAAAUAAUUUUAAUGUGAAAAGUUUAUCACAUAAAAUUCGUAUUUCUAAUUUUUGGAUUUAGGCCAGUGGCACAAUUACCGGUACAUUGAAUUUUUUUCAUAAUUUUUUUUUAAAUUUGAUUAUUUUAAAAUUUUUUCUUUAGAAAUAGAAAUGACAACGAUGAUUUUYAAAUGGACUCGUGCACUUUCUCGAGAAGGUUUUACUACAACAAAUUUUUACUUUUCGGAUAUGCACAAAUCAACGUAUUACGUUAAACGAAUAGCAAGACCACAUUACAUCGCAAUUAUUUCUAAUUACAGUGAUAUUAAUGAAUUUUCAUUGGCAACUAGUACAUUUGACAUGUCAUAUGGGGCUUGGUUAGUUAUUUUUAUUUACAAUGGUUAUGGUUCAGAUUAUUGUCACAAUCCACCCGGUAAUAUAUUUCAUUUGAAAUACAAUACGGAAAUGUUGGUACGUUGUGGUAAAGAAAAUAUUUUAAGAGAAUGGUACUCGAUUAAUAGUAAUCGUACGGAGAUCAUUGAUAUAGCAAAAUGGAACUUGAAGGAUGGAAUUACCGAUAAAAUUUCUAAUUCUCAUUACGGAGAAAUUAAAAGUAAUUUACAAGGUUUGACCAUUAAAGCUGUCGUUGUUAAGGAUAAUAAAUUUGUAACUAUUAAUAAAGAUGGCCAAUUGGAUGGUGUAGUCGGUAAAAUAAUGAGAGAACUUUGUUCCUCUUUGAAUUUUACUUUUGACAUCGUCUCGGAAGUACCCAAUAAUGGAAUAUGGAAUCCAAAAUUUAACAAUUGUUCUGGUGCUAUCGAUGAAUUAUGUAGUAAACGUGCUGAUAUUGCAUUCUCCGAUUUUACCAUGACCAGUUUGAGAUUGAACGUCAUUGAUUUUACUAUUCCACUAUUAGUAUCCAAAAAUUGUCUUUUCAUAAAAAAACCAAAAAGAUUCUUUAUUAAAUGGUCAUCUUAUUUUUUAACAUUUUCUCUUACACUUUGGAUUGCUGUGUUUGGAAUAAUAAUUGUUACAACGAUCUUAUUGGUUUUUAUAAAAAAACAAAAUGGAACAGAUCGUUGCUUCGUAAAUUUAUUAUCGGAUAAUUUUCUCGAAAUUUGGGGAAUAAUUUGUCAACAAGGACUAGCCGAUUUUCCUGAUAAUUCAUCAUUAAGAAUAGUAUACUUUUCAUUAUUUAUUUUGGCUGUUGUCUUAUUGGCUGCUUAUUCUGCAGCUUUGAUCAGUUUUCUAACUUCUAAUAUGCAAAUUGUACCUUUUCGUACGUUAGAAGACUUUAUUGACGAUGGUACUUAUCAAUUAGCUGUUUAUUAUGCUUCUUCCGAUUAUGAACUAUUCGCAACCUCAAAAGAUCCGAUGAUACAGGAAUUAAAGAAGUUGAUGAUAGAUGAAAAUAAAUUGCCUGAAACAACGAUAGAAGCAUUUCGAAUGGUCUGUACUAAUAAAAAACUAGCAAUGUACACGUCAAUAGUAAGAAAGGAAGCAGUAAAUUCUCAAAUACCGUGCAGCGUUGUUGCGAUUCCAACUGGACGUAUAGAAAAUUUAGCUAUUGUUUUAUCCAAACAUAAUCCAUUCACCGAUAUUAUUAAUUUUAACUUGCAGAAAUUUAUCAACAAUGGAAUGAUGUAUCGUUUGAAAGAUAAGAUAUUUAAUAAGAAUUUCAAUUUUGUGUCUCAACCACAACCGGUUCGCAUAAACAGCAUUUUAUUACUCAUUAUGUUCAUCAUAAUCGGUGUCGUUUUGGGUGUUCUUAUUUUAAUCCUAGAAAAAUGUAUUUUUGCGUAUAACAGUAAGAAAUCGUUAAUGGUGGAUCAUCAUAUUUCAUUAAUCAAAUCGUCAGGAUUUUACUUACAAAAAAAAAAUAAUGUUCAAUUUUCUCGAUACUAUUUUAAUCGUAAAAUUGCACCAGUUCGAUAUUAACGAAUAUACUAAUGUUCAAUUUUUUGUUAUUUUAAUUAUAAUAUUUUGAUUGUAACUUUUUAAUUGAAUUUAAACACGCUCAGGUAAAUCUAAACUUUUGCAUAUUUUAAGCACAA